AUGUCUGAGACCACAACAGCAGCUGCUCCCGGCCAGGCGGAGGAGAGGGAGAAGGAGGCCCCAGCGCCAACUCCAUCCCUCGACCCUGCGCCUGUUUCAAACAGCAAGGGUGAGGAGCCCUCCACAGAAGCCUUCAGGAUUGUCGUCUUUGAGCAGGAGAACUUCCAGGGCAGGCAGAUGGAGUUCACCACCGAGUGUCCGAACCUGGGGGACCGUGGCUUUGACCGGGUGCGCAGCGUCAUCGUCACCUCUGGACCCUGGGUGGCCUACGAGCAGGCCAACAGGCGUGGGGAGAUGUUCAUCCUGGAGAAGGGCGAGUACCCCCGCUGGGACACCUGGUCCAGCAGCUACCGGAGCGACUGCUUCAUGUCCAUGCGUCCCAUCAAAAUGGAGGCCGAGGACCACAAAAUCUCCCUCUACGAGUCUGCUGACUUCAAGGGCAACAAGAUGGAAAUCCAGGAGGACGACGUGCCCAGCCUCUGGGCUUACGGCUUCUGCGACCGCGUGGGCAGCGUGCAGGUGCCCAGUGGAACGUAA